AUGGCCGAGCACGAGGAAGUGGUGAUCGAUGGCGACUCGACCGAAGACGACAACGACGACGACGUGUGUAUCAUUACGCCCGAGUCGCGCAAACGCCGUCGCCGUCGACGCUCGAACAUUCUGAUGGAUCAGGAGGAAGAAGAAGAAGAAGAUGGAGAAGAAGGGCGAGAGGGCGACGAUGCCGGCGCAAAAAUGGACGAUCGAGUGUUGGGGGAGGCGGAGAAGCAGAGGAAAAAGACUGAGGGGACCACCGGCUUGUCGCUUGUCCCACGACGUCAGCAGCAGCUGUCGCUGGGCAGAGGAGGUGUUGCAUUGCAGCCCAUGACGCUGCGGACACCGACACCGACGCGUCGCUCCCGUCGGCACCUGCAGCAGCUCUCGAUAUCAACGGCAGUGGCUCAUGGAUAUCGUAGUCGACGUCAGCGACAAGAGGAGGGCAAGACUGAUGAUGGCGGGGACAGCUUUUGCAUCAUCGAGCCGCUGUCUGCUGGCGCUGGGACGAGCCGAGAGCGUAGCACGUGCAAAGGCGAACGCGUUGUGAUCCAGAAAAAUGACGAGACGCCCGAGCGUGCUCGUAAAGAGCAGCAGAAGUUGGAGACAAAGCAAUCAGUGGAAGUGACUGGGGCAUCAUCGUCCGCAUCUCGACGCAGCUCGAGGAUUCAACACAAGCGUCUAGUAAAGGAAGUGAAGCUUGGCAGAACAAGAAAACUGGAUUACCCGGUGCUGGACAACUGUCUGGACGAGCCAGAACGUUCAGGCUCGCAUUAUCGAGGUGAGGACGACGAUGAUGUUGUCGUUGACGAUGAUGAUGGUGAUGAUGAUGGUGGCUGGGAAGAGCUUGAACAAGGGGAGGUGGCAGAGCCACCGCUAAAGAUACGUCGGCAGUCUUUGCCGCGAGAGCGGGAUCAUUGUGAAAAGGUGUAUGCGGAUGGCGGGGAGGACGUGGACGAUUUCAUAUGUAACGACGAUGAGAUUGAGUACAUGGAAGACGAUGAGGAAGGUGUGAUCAAUGUAGAGACGUCGGACGACGAGAUGGAAGAUGACCCUGAGGAGUUCACAGCCAUGCUAGCAGCAGGACGCUCACGGGAGAUUAUCGAAUGGUUCAGUAUCUAUCUGGAAUAUCUAGAAGAGUGCAUUAUCGACCCCGACUUCGAGACCAAGAUGCGUCGCAAACGAUCCAAGGCGAAGCACCAGCUCUAUGUCCAGGCCGUCGAUCGCAUUGAGCGCAAACUUUGCGCCUGCCGAGACACCGUCCGGUCAGGCGUGGCAUGGCCUGAAGACAUGGUAGAUGCACUGAAGCAUGCUUUGCAAUUCCGUUCUAGUCAUUUGUCUGCGGAACGAGACUGUGACGCCUGCAACCGGCGCCAGCAUGUUGCUACCUACCAUGUGGAAUUUGCUGGCUCGGCUUGUGAUGCGACGAAGCUCUACAGACACGAUUGGAUGCGGCACCUUAAGGAGACAGUGCUGGACGCACCUUCUGUCCGGACAGCUUUCGAAAUGGGCAGCGUUUGUCAUGCGCGCACGUUAGCGUAUUGGCAGUUGCUGCAUGCCAAACAGUUUUGGUGCGUCUUGGUCGAUGCUAAGCUCAAGGAGUGCGCGGAUAUGACGGGACGAAUUGCUCAACCAUACCGCACCGACUUUUUCACGCGAGAGUUUGGUCGGUACAAGAGGUUGAUGAGCGUUGUGGACAAAUUUGCUGAAGACUCGAAACGAGUUAGUAUCGUGAUGUCGAACGUAUGGAAGAGGAUUACGGCACGCAAUGUGACUAGUGACUUUCUCUCGAGUCCAACUAGGGCACCAUCGGAGAGGAAGUCAGGAUCUCGUCGAGGUACGCUGGAUGCAUUUGUCGCUGAAAGUGAAGAAGAGGGUGCAGACGAUGAAGAAACAGCAAUGGAGAAGGUGGAAGAGGAGAGGAGACGUGCAGUUGCGGGCGGAAGGAACGAUGUCGAUCAGGCCACUGACGAUGAAGAGGAGGGGGCAAUCAAGGGCUCGCCGCUUCAGGCACCAGACAAAGCAGGCAAGAAAGAGCAGGAUCAUCAGCUUUCGUCGCCGAUCGGUGAAGUGAAAAAAGAGCACCUGUUCAAGGAAAAGGACAUCGACGAUCUCAUGUGCUUGAUGUGCGACGCAAGCCCACGCAACGCGGGGGUUGUGCACGGUCUAUAUCUUCAUGUGUAUUGUUGCUACGCCUGUGCAAAGCGCCAGCAUCGUAUGAAAUCUGGUUGCAUGGUUUGCGACCGACCCAUCGACCGCGUACUUCGGCUGCUUCCGCUUACGUUGGACGCGCGAAAUGCUAUUCGGAAUCAGAAGAAGUUGCAGAUCUAA